CCGUGGCUGCAAAAGCCCCAAGAAAGGUGCUGGGGGGAGGAUCAUCCGCAGCUGGACCGUCUUCCUUCAUGUCGCCGGGAAAACCAGAAAAGAAUAAUUCGGGUGGUAACACAGUUUGUGUACGGUCUACACCCGAAUGGCAAAAAGAUAUAUCAGGUUUCUUCAGCAAGGGUGCAUCAUCGAGUCAGAAUGGAUCGAGUAACACCAAUGAUGAUGACCCAGCCCUAAGCACGUCUUCACCACCAAAGGACCAUGUGAGCGAGACUCCAGAGAAAAGAAGGAAAAACCCUAUAUCUGACGAUGAAGAUGACGACUGAACCAGAUUUCCUGAAACAACCUCCUGUUUGUAAAUACAUUGUUUCUUAGAUCAGAGUUAGGUGAGGAUGAUAUGUACUAUAAAAUUCUGAUGCACCUGUAAAUUAAGACUGAAUAGCAUGAAUUGUUAACAAGAGAUUUUCAAUUAAUUUCUCAAAAUUUCAUAUUGCAUAGAAUGUUCUUGUGAAUCAGACAGCUAUAAAUUUUCAUGGUAAUGCAGUGAGAAGUUGAAUCUUAAUAAUGGUGCAACAAUAACAUGUACUUGCAUUAUAAAUACAACUUCCAGACCUUAAUCAAAUACUGUUAUACUAGUAUCUUAGUUCAUGUACUGCUCAGUAUUUUUCUUUACAAAACAUGUUUACCUCAUGACAUUAAAAGAAUCCAUUAUGUAAAAAUUAAUAUUUAAUGGUUCAAAGACUCCAAUGACCAAGCAAAGGUCUAAGGAGGUACGAAUUAUCAAGUCAGUCACUAACUGUUGCUGGAUGGUGCCUGCUGCUUGUAUGUUAACAGCCCACAUAUUAACUAGUAAUAACGCACGUCAUGAAAGCAGUUGCACGGCAAUUAUGAUGCAAUAAACGCUGGAACAUUUGUUUUCAUAAAAGAUAAGCUUUGAUUAUAACCACAGUAACCUGAUAAUACAAUUCAUUUAUCUACAACAAUGUAUCGAAAUCUUCUGUGUCUUAGGCAAUUCAUAUUAUGGACUGGUAAAAUUGUUAACGUUCGCUCCCCCUCACUCUGCUAGUGCUCCAAACACCAUAUUACAUGUAACAGUCCAGGAGUAAGUGGUGUAAUAAGACAGUUUUUUUGGUAUUACCAUACAGGUUAAGUUUUGAACCUCAUUAUUGUUCCAUAGGAUACUACCACAUCAAUGGCAGUAAAUGAUUAAGAAACAGACAAUACAGAAUGUCCCAAACAGAUAUUUCUCAUGAUGAUGUCUUAGGAGUUUCAUACAUGUAAGAACUAUGGGACUAUGGAGAUCCUCACUGUGCAGAUGGUUACAUCUCGUGCCAAAUAUCGAAGGCUGGUAAAUAUAUUGGGGGACAUUUUCCAAUUCUAUUUGCUGAGUUGACAAAAGUGAUUAGAAGUUACUGGACUCAUAAUCACCUCACCCACAGUUUAUCACACACUCACAACACUGCCACUGGGAAGACUAGCAAUCAACUCAGCAAAUGACAGGAAAAUGUCAAUUUUUUUACCCAUGUUCAUUCGUGCUUCCAGCCAUUUCUAGCCAUGUUUUAGUUUACACGCGUACAGAGAAAUAUCUGGCAUAUGUUUGUAGAUGAACCAAGUCCAUGGGUAGAACAGCGAGUGGCUUGACAGUGCACUUCUCACA